AUGUCGACAUUGACAGCGGUGACAACUUCGUCUACGCCCACGCCUACGGGCGACAGGGCUCCUUCACAAGGCGGCAUCUUUGAGGGCAUGAAUCCUUCGGUUUACAACCCCGCCGACCCGAUUAUCAUGUUCAUCAUCCAAGCAACCAUUGUCAUUACGUUGACUAGAUUGCUCUAUUGGCCGCUGUCCAAGAUCCGCGAGCCGAGGGUCAUCGCCGAAGUCAUCGCUGGUAUUCUUCUCGGUCCCUCGGUUCUCGGUCGCAUCCCCGGCUUUACCGCAGCCAUAUUCCCUCCGAACUCCAUGCCGCCCUUCCGACUAGCAGCCAACAUCGGGCUCGUUCUCUUCCUGUUUCUUGUCGGCCUCGAGAUCAACCUGUCGUAUCUCCUCAGCAAUUGGCGAACCGCUAUCAGUGUCGCGACUCUGGAUAUGGCCAUCCCCUUUGGUUUGGGCGUCGCAGUUGCGUGGGGACUGUACAACGAAUUCCACAACGAGCCGGGAAUCGCACCCAUCUCGUUCGGAGUGUUUGCGCUCUUCAUUGGUGUCGCAAUGGCAAUCACCGCGUUCCCGGUCCUGUGCCGCAUCUUGACAUCCUUGAAACUGCUCAACACCACUGUUGGUGUGAUCGUCCUUACGUCCGGCAUCGCCAACGACGUUGUCGGCUGGGUUCUUCUCGCUCUGUGCGUCACCCUCGUCAACUCUGGAGCUGGUGUUACUGCGGUAUACAUCCUGCUGGUAUCCAUUGGGUUUGCUUUGUUCCUUGGGUUCGCCGUUCGGCCUGCUUUCAUGUACGUCCUUCGCAGGACGAAGAGUUUGGAAAAUGGCCCAACUCAAGGAGUCGUCGCCCUGACGCUUCUUCUUGUCCUGGCUUCUGCGUUCUUCACCAGCAUCAUUGGCGUCCAUUCCAUCUUUGGCGCCUUCAUGGUCGGCCUGAUGUGUCCCCACGAAGGAGGUUUCGCCAUCAAGCUGACUGAAAAGAUCGAGGAUUUGAUCUCAACUCUGUUCGUUCCGUUGUUCUUCGCGCUAUCUGGAAUCAACACCAAUCUCGGUCUGCUGGACAGUGGUCGAACCUGGGGUUACGUAGUUGCCAUCAUCUUCGUCGCUUUCUUCAGUAAGGUGAUUGGAGGUACCGCUGGCGCCCGCAUGAACGGUCUUGUGUGGCGUGAAUCUUUCACCAUCGGCACUCUCAUGUCAUGCAAGGGACUCGUUGAGCUCAUCGUCCUGAACAUUGGCCUGCAGGCCAAGAUUCUCAGCACAAGAACCUUCACCAUGUUCGUUGUCAUGGCUCUUGUCACAACCUUCGCUACGUCCCCUCUAGUCAUGUGGUUGUAUCCUCCGUCUUACCAGCAGAAGCUUGACUUGUGGAAGAGAGGAAAGAUCAACUGGGAUGGAACGCCGAUCGUUCAUCAUGGUGCAGAUGGUGAGGACGAAGAUGAUCAAAAGGAGGUCGCAAGCAAGCUUUUGGUCUAUCUGCGAACCGACGGUCUCUCAAGCCUCCUGUCUACGAUCUCGAUGUUUACCAGUGGCCAGUCUAGCGUCAGUUCAAAGAGCUCCUCUGCCGAUAUUCACGGACAUCGUUCUGGUGAGAAGGGGCUUGUCGAUCACGCAGCCCUCGCUCCCGGAGAAGAUACACCUCAUCAUGAACUGCUUCGGAUCCAUGGCUGCCGCCUCGUUGGCCUUAGUGAGCGCAACUCGUCGGUCAUGAAAGUCUCAGAAAUUGAGGACUAUGCCGGACAUGACCCCAUCAUCAAAGCUUUCGGUACCUCCGCCAACAACACCACGAGAGAUGUUGUCAUCUCCGGCCAGAUUGCGGUGGUCCCUGAGGAUUCUUUCGCGGACACUCUCGCUACCCAGGCGAAUAAACUCAGCAGUGACCUUAUUCUCGUUCCAUGGAGCGAGACUGGCACUAUUUCUGAGCUACCUUCCUUCUACAGCGCAACUACUAGAGGUGAUCCGAUCACCAGCGGCGAUUUUCCUAACCUCAUGUACAACAUCUUCAACGAAGCUCGGCAUAUAUCAGCUGUCGCGACUUUUAUCGACUCGACAUUGUUCGACAAGUCAGAGCCCGGCAUCAGAAAGCCUAGACAACUGCAACGACAUGUCUCCGGCGUCAGCUUGUCUGAGCUUCAAGACCCGUCCGCGGCGAGGUUCUUCUCCGCAGAGCGGCGCGGCAAGAAGACAUUACGCGUGUUAUACACCGGGGCCGAAGAUGACCUUUUCGCUGUCAAGCUCGGCAUCCAAUUGGCCCAAAACGAGAAUCUCGAAGUCACCGUCGUUGAGGCUGCCGACCUUAAUGCUUCCAUCAACAUGAAGUACGCGCGGAUCAAAGCGAAUGUCCACAACACCAUCGCCAAUCGAAUCACGUAUCGUCAGAUCGACAUUACCAAAGAUGCGACUACCACAGCUAUUGUCUCCGAGUUUCUGGCCUUGCAAAAUGGCGAUGACAGGGCAACAACAUUCAUAAUUGGUCGCGCCGCGUCUGUUUCACAACCCACGUCUAUUGAGUUGGACGGCUCAUCAAGCGUUAUUGACCCACGCAAAACGCUGGGAUCCACAGCUAGCGAAGUCAUCUCAGAGAUCAAAAAGAGAAGCAUAUCAAAUGCCAGCCUUAUGAUUGUCCAAGGCAAACAUCAAACAAGGGAUAAUCGCGCGCUCCAAAGGAAGCCGAGUGUAUAUUCACACACGAGUAAGGACUGA